UUAAAGCCAAAGCUGGUUGUCGCGUCUCAUUCCUUGUAACUUGAGUUGUGGCGGAGGCUCCGGUGUUCGCCAAAAACAAGGCCCCGGCGGAAACGUGGACAACUUUUUUUUGUAGCUGAUUAACCGGCCCUCUCGUCCUCUGCCCUGAUCGAUAAUCAGUAGAAACCACACGGAGCUAAGCAGACGUAUAAAAUGACCGAGCAGUCGUCGCUGUUGCUACGUAAACAACUAGCAGAGCUCAACAAGAACCCAGUGGAGGGCUUUUCAGCUGGCCUCAUCGACGAUGAUGAUAUCUACCAGUGGGAGGUAGUCGUCAUUGGACCUCAAGAUACACUGUUUGAGGGAGGUUUUUUCAAAGCCAACCUGACUUUUCCCCAUGACUACCCUCUGAGGCCUCCCAAGAUGAGGUUCAUCACAGAAAUCUGGCAUCCCAAUGUGGCAAAAAACGGUGAUGUGUGCAUCUCUAUCCUGCACGAGCCUGGAGAGGACAAGUACGGCUAUGAGAAACCGGAGGAGCGCUGGCUGCCGAUCCACACGGUGGAGACCAUCAUGAUCAGCGUUAUCUCCAUGUUGGCGGAUCCCAACGGAGACUCUCCUGCCAACGUGGAUGCAGCUAAAGAGUGGAGGGAGGAUCCAACAGGAGAGUUCAAGAGGAAGGUGGCACGCUGCGUCCGGAAAAGUCAGGAGAUGGCUUUCGACUAGGACUUCACUCCCAUUAGGCUAGAGUUGGAACUAAACAACAGGGGAUUUGAACUAGGGGGUUGCACUUGAGUCAGCUAGGAAAACCACUUGGCAGAACUUUUGCAGUGUCAACUAGCCUCCGCACAGAAGAGCCGAGACCCUCAGCAGAUCUGUUCAAGCCAUGAAUACUGAAGUACCUUGGCUGUGCCCUCCCCCCAACACACCCUAAAAAAAUCUUUUGAAUAUUGUCAAGCAGUCAAUUUUUAUUUCUCUUCUCGUACAUGUUUGAGAGCCACAUCGUUUCAUUUUUGCAUACAGCUGGAUAUCAGUGACUUUCUCACCCUGGCUGAGGUGUUGUAGGUGUUAUUUUACUCUUUCAACAUGAGCUUGUAGAGGUUCUUAGAGAUCCUUGUUAAAGAUUAUGUAGCGCUUUUUCUUUUUUUGUGGACUGUUUUCAACCCACUGCACUUAGCGUGUUAAACGGACUGAACUGAAUUUAUUUGAGAACACAGAAAAUAACUGGCGCUCUUCAUUCCUGCACAGACACAUUGAAAAGAUUUGCCAUCGCUGUGUUCUCACCAGUUUCAACGAGUGAUGCAUUUCAACAAAAUGACAGCGUAAGCAGCUUGUGCUUAGUUUUUAGUCAUAUAUUAUUAUAUAUAAUCCUAAUCCACGGGAUACACAGAAGACUAGUGCAACCCCAAGAUUAAACCAGAAACCAUUUUUCUGCAAAUCACCAUUAUUUCAUUUAUGACAUCCAGCCUGCUGUUCUCCAUGUUAUGUAAAUAUUCAACAAAUUUUCUGCCAGGUGAAUGUGGAGAAAACAUCCCCUUUGAUUCCCAUUUUCUGACCUGACUUCAUUUCUUUAUUUAUUUAGAUUACAAAUGUUUGAAAAUGCAUAUCUAGUUUGUUUUGAAGGGCUUUUUUUCUUUUCAUCUUGAUUUUCAACCUGCCACACUGAGCCAUCCACUCUAGAGUUAUAUGUCUUUAAAUAUGCAAUUUUUGGAGUCUGGAGUCUUGCAUUCAUUAACGAGAUGGAGAGACCAACAUUGGUUUUCCUUGUCCCUGCACCUCUGACGUGUUCUGCAGAGGAAAGUGUUCCUUCUCUUAAGGGGAAACUAUCACACAAUGCUGCCUUAAAAUUUGUUCACUGCAAAGGAAACUUCAGUGAUGUCUGCAUCAGGAGGCUUCUCUUCUGUUUUUGAGUCCAUAAAAAAGAAAAAAAAUACGAUUUUGGACAAACCAAAAAGCUAAGAAUUGAAGCAUGACACCAAUAAAUACUUUUUUUUGUAAUGAAGAUCAAUGCUACAAUAGUAUUUUUAUCUAUGUAAAUAUUAUGAACUGUACCAUAGAAGGCAAGUUAUUUGUCCUUGUUUGUAUUCCCUUGGAGAAAAUGUCAUACAUUUUAACAUUGCACAUGUACAGAGAAAAAGGUGCUUCCACCUUUCUUACGCGAGAGGUAGUGCGUGUUGCCAUAGUCUCGUAGCGAUUCCAAGCCCAGCCGCAGCGAAAGGCUCUCCUAAACAAACAGCACUUUUUAUGUUUUGGUGAGGAUGUUUUCGGACGAGUCGCGGGGUGUGAACUUUUACCCAUUGAUGGUCAUAUGAAUAUGUUAAGAUUGUGAAAACAAGCAAUAAAGCUCAGUGUGGAUA